AUGUUGCUUGACCUAUAUGUAGUCCAAUUCCUAUUAUUUCUGUUGCCGGUACACUGUAUUUCUGGAAUUUAUGACGUGGAAGAAGUGAGGCAAGUUGAUGUUUAUUUGAAGUCAAUUUACUUAUUUUAUAAAUAUUUACCAUAUUUGUAUUUCAGGAGCCGUUUGUACGAACCAGAUAUUUCCAAUAUUCUCUCUGGAAUCGAUCCUUCUUUCAAUCUUAGCACCAUUUCUUCUAGAAACAACAAAACUGGUCAAUCGUUCGCAUGCAAGCUACCAGUGGCUGAAAUUACCGAAAAAUCUCAGCCAACGAGCUAUAAUCCCAAGUAUCUCGCUGAGUUGGUCACGGCUAGCUUCUACAUUAAAAAUUGUAUCAGUAAGGAUAAUGGAUGGUGGAAAUACAAGUUAUGUAGAGGUGUAGAUGUGAAACAGUGGCACGGAGCAAGUAUGUUUAUUUCUGGAAAAACGAAGCACAACAAGUUAGUAAUUCUCUUGGAAUCUUUCUUGGGAACGGAAUAUGCUGAAGCGUUUAUAACUUUUUCUUUUCAGUACGAGUGUGAUCCACAGUUAUCAACAAGUGAGGCUUAUAUCGACCAUGUAGAAGAAGUGGUAUCAUGCGAAUAUGUGAUUACUGUGAAAGUUGGCUCUUUAUGUAGCCUAACUGCCUUUAUGCCUCCCAACCUUAUAGCGUUCAGAUGUUAUCUCGAGAAUUUGACGAUAUCGAUAGAGUGUUCUGUGAGUUCCACAUCUAUUUUCCACAUUUUGACUGUUAUUGUUUCUGUUAUGAAAAGAGAGGCUAUUGUCACAUUAUUGAUUGUACUUAUUACAGAUUCUUUUGACUAUGAAAGUGAGCGUGAUCAAGAUACUGGUAAUCUAUGGUACUAUUUUCAUGAUAAUCUCUGGAACAAAACUCACUUUCCUAAAUCACUUAAUUAUGUCGAUGUAAUUGCUAUCCUUUUUUGUCCACUACUAUAUGCCAAUUCAUUUUACUUUCUGCCAUAUUGCUUCGUGACACUAAUUUUCUAG